AUGGGAAUUUUCAAAUCGCUCAAGAAAUCCUUUUCGACAGAGCCAACAUCCAACGCUCACGCUUACCCCACUUCGAACCACACAAUACCACCAAGAAUCCUAUCGCCCGCUGAUGUGUACAGAUUUCGUAAGCAGCGCGGUGUCAAUCUAGGCAGCUGGUUUGUCCUCGAAAAGUGGAUCACCUGGUCUCCCUACAGGGAGGCGGUAGAGCCAGCCCAAUCAGACCACGAUGUAGCUCGCGGCGGAAAUGCAAAAGAAAUAAUGGAGCAGCACUACGAGACGUGGAUAACUGAAGCAGAUUUCGAGUGGUUGUCUAGUAUUGGUAUAAACACGGUGCGUAUCCCAGUAGGAUACUACCAUUUCAGCAAAUAUCUCGGACAAGGGUAUCUCGACGGCACAGAUUUCCAAGGCCUGGGACAUGUGUACGAGAACACUAUAUCCUACAUCGAAAGAGCCGUAGAUUGGGCGGAGAAGUGGAACAUUGGUGUACACUUCGAUCUACAUUCUGCACCUGGAAAGCAAAACCACGAUGAUCACUCUGGGAGAUCUGGACCUGAGAUUAAGAUGUGGGAGGAGCGUAACAUCGCAGUACUCAAGCAUGCGCUGCGUUUCCUCAUCGCACACUUUUCCCCUCGCGACAAUGUGGUAGGAGUGGAGCUAGUGAAUGAGCCAGCGAACAACGAUGCGUUACUAUCACUUUAUCUCGACAUACUGAGCGAAGCGCGCACACUGACCCACCCGCAUUUCCCCCUAGCGCUAGGAGAUGCAUGGGACACGGAGUAUUAUUCCGGUGUAGUAGGCAGUCGCAAAGAUUUCGUCAUGCUCGACCACCACCUCUAUCGCUGUUUCACCGAGGAGCAAACAAGCGCGAGUGCGUUCGACCAUACUGGGCGGUGUCAAGCGGAGUAUCUCGAGUUCCUGGGCGAGGCGCAGCGCAAAGCCCGCGGGAGUCUCAUUGUCGGUGAGUGGAGUGGCGGGCUGAAUCCGGGGUCGACGGCGGGACACGAUCAUCACGAUAUGAUCGCCAUGUGGAUCGGCGCCCAACUCGCACUCUACGAACGCACCACCGCUGGCUGGUUCUUCUGGACACUGCGCAAGGAGCAUGGCGGGGAUACCGGUUGGGAUUUCAAGGAGGCCGUCAACACUCACGCUUUCCCCCAGUGGGCAGGCGGCAGGAGAGGUCUGCCAGAGGAGGGCAGAGCGUCGCUGGAGGAGAGAGACGAACUCGGCCAACAUGCUGUACACACUCACGCUCAAUACUGGGCCUCUCAAGGUCUGCCUGUUGCCGAACACUGGAGAUUCGAAGAUGGCUUCAGGAUCGGUUGGGAUGAUGCGGUAAUGUUUGCUUAUCAUCGCCCUCCCUCUCACCACGUAGUCGGGCGCUCAGAAAUCGGCUUCGUCGGGAAAUGGAUCGAGGCGCGGAUGGACGAACACUCAGCUUUUAGAGGCCUAAGUGGGAACAUGUGGGAAUUCGAAACUGGCUGGAGACAGGGAUAUGACGGUGCUAUGGCUGCGCUGGGAGAGUAG